AUGAAAUUUAAUUUUUCAAUAAUAUUUUUAGUAUUGUCGUUUGGCUGUUUGUUUCAUCUAACGAAUGGAUGUAAACCCAGUAUGAUAGCGCAACCUGGAGGUACAAAUGGCCAAGGAUAUUUCUAUGUACAAUAUCCCUUUAUAAAUUCACAAUUCCAAUCGAUUAUAUCUCUCGAGGGUCUUUAUUUCAAUAAGACAAACCCAGGUUUUGUUGCCCACCAGAGUGGUAAUUAUAAUUUCACCUUUAAUUGCUGGGAUGGAACUAGUAUCACCGCUAGUUACCCAAUCACCGUUCCACGUCUCACUGUCGACCAACCAAAAUGCUAUGCCAGCAAGGUCAACAUCACUUUUAGUGAGCCUUGCUUUGUUGUGAACAUCAACGACGAUGGAAUGCCGACUACCGGACCAUGGGAAUUGUCAACUUCCAGACCCUUUAAGAGCAACACCUUUAAGUGCGAAACAGGAGAAAACAACAAUUACCAAUAUGAAAUAGGUAUUCUUUCACCAAUCAAACAAAAUAUCCCUCAAGUAGAUGUCACCGAUGCUUUUUGUGGACAAAAUGGACGUAUCAAGGUGAAUUCGCCAACUUCCUACACUGCAAUUAGACUGAGUAAUUCAUCAGAGAUCUCUACGGAUACCGCUGGAGAUUAUCAAUUUUUAACCCGUGGUGGUUAUCUUUUAGAGUUAGACUCUGACGACUGCGGAACUCAAGAGAUGUUUAUCCAAAUAACUGAAUCAUCAGCAAGUAUUGAUAUUGACAUUGAGCCCGAUGUCAGAUGUCCAGUUGACUUUAGAGUCAGUGCUUCGAUCAAAGGUUAUAAUGCCUCAGCUCUGCAAUGGAUUGUAAAUAAUAGAAUAGUCCCGAGUCCAAACAAUAUUACAAUUGAACCAAUAUCAAGAUAUUCAAUUCAAGCUGGAUUCCCACAAUAUGGAGAGUGUUAUUCUAGAACCUAUUAUUCUCAACCAACUACCUAUAUGUCAAUUACACACUCUGUUAAUUACACUGAUUUGUGUAGUGGUAAGGGUUUGGUGACAUUGAAUUAUCCAAGUUAUGUCAAUAUUUCAUUGGUUCGUGAUUCCAAUGGUAUUACCAUUCCUUUCAACGACACUGAAUCAAAGGUUUUUGAGGUGGAGUUUGGUAUGCAAUACGAUAUUUUCGCAGAGAAUUGCUAUGGACCAGAUACAUCAUAUUCCAUCAUGCCCGUUUUACCAUAUCCAGUUUUAGUCGAAGAUGAGUUCCCAGCUGGACAUGGUUCAUGUUUAUACAAUACCGCAUUCACCAUUGCCAACUCUGAGAUGUAUUCAAGUGUCGCCCUUAGUUAUGAUGGAAUGCAGUAUUCCAUGGUUGAUGGACGUAUUGAGGAUGUCCCUCGUGUUAAAGCUAAAUACAAUUUGAAAUACAAUUAUCAAUCACCAGAUGGAAAAAAAUGUGGAAUUCAACAGGAAUUGGAUAAAUUGGACACACUCUAUUUUGUGUACGAAAAUCCCAGUGCUAAUGACAUCAACUACACGAUGGCAUUGUCUCCACAAUACCCUUACCCCACAUGCGAUUCACAAUCCUACGGUGUUGUAUACGAUGUAAACUUUACCUCUCCAACCGAAAGCUAUUCAAGAAUCUAUUAUACCUAUUCUGCAAAUGGAUUCUUUGAGUUUGUUUCCAGAAGAGAUCCUUCAUGUUUUGUCGACGGUAUUAAAUUUACCAGACCAACAUUCCCACUUAUUGCAGAUCCACCAACGAUCAGUGUUACAAUGAAUGCAUCCUGUAUCUACACUCAAGGACAAGUCACUGUAAAUAGUACUAGAAACGAUUUGGCAGUUUCAAUCAACGGAUAUUCCUAUUAUGCAACCUUGGAAAUCGGUCUGAACAAUUACACUCUCUCACCAAGAGAUUAUCAAUUUGUGUUUACCCCAACCUCUACUGCUGCUCAAGGUUGUUCCUACACCCUCAAUGUUACCGUUUACAACGAUCUCCCCAAUUACAAAUUCCAAUAUGAACAAACCCAAGGUAUCACUAAUUGUACUGCUUACCAAGUUGCAUCAAUCAAAGUUACCGACUAUCAAAAAUACACAGAACUAUCAUAUCUCGGUGUAAAUGCAACCGAUGGUGUCAUUAGUAACCUCGAAUAUCCAACAUUACAAAUAUCAUUUGACUAUAUGGGUGUUUGUGCAGGUACUAUUGAAGCUUAUAAAGUUUCCCUGAACAUCAAAAGUGUUGUUAUGGUGCCCCAGUUCAUCAAGAAACCCACCUGCAGCAAUACUGAUGGUCUGCUUGCUUACAAUCUCACAGUUGAUGGCGUUUCCAAUCAAGCUGAAAUAUAUUUGGGUAACACUGGAUACACAUACACAUCUGUCCCAGUCGCACCAGGUCCAAACCAGACAUUCAGAUUAAUCCUUGGAAGUUGUGUCUUUGAAGAUACUCUGGAUAUUGAUUUGGACGACCCCAAGAUUACCUACACAGUGAGUCAAGCUACAUGCACUGCACCCCCAAUCAUUGACAUCCAAGUGGCCAAUCCAAAUGUCGACUUUGGAUUUGUUAAUUCUUCGGACCCCAACGCUUACACCUCCGCACUCUACCCACAAAAACUAUUCUAUGCUUCGGCACAACAAAACUUUGAUCUACCAUUCACCGUCCAUUGGAAUCAUGUUUGUCAAAAGAAAUUUACUGCCAAAGUAGUCAAUCCAGUCACUCCAGUACCCAUCUAUGAAGUCACCUACGCAUCGGGAUGUGGACAACAAAACAUUACUGUUACCGUGAAAAAUCAUCAACUCUUUACAACUUUGGAGAUGGACGGUAUUCCAUUUGACUCCAAUGGACAGUUGACCUAUAUUCCAAAUAUCGGCAAUAAUGCAAUAAGUUACGUUUAUAAGGAAGCUCUUUGUAUGGAAAAUAACAGUGGUCCAGAUCUUGUCUUCCAGUUGAAUGUCACUCUUCCAAGAGGAGCCUCUUCCACUAGAGAAGUUUGUACCGGUGCAAAUGAUGCUACACUCUCAUUACCCAAAGCCUCAGGAAAUUACCAAUUGAUCAGAUGGACAGGAUUAGAUACUGCUGAAGGUCCAGAAAUACUCGAAAAAUCUAUUCAAACCUUCGACCAACAAACACUUCCAACUGUUUUCGGUUCAAACCUUUAUAUCCCUAUCAAUGGCCUUAAUCUUGCACAGAGUGACAAUGACUUUACAAAUCUACCAUCUGGUUUCUACACUCUGAUCAACUCUAAUUUCGACAAUCCAUUCUGUCCAGUAAGAACUGACUUGAUCAUCACUGGAAACGAACCAUCGUUGUCAAUCAACUCAUUGGAGGUUUGCUCUGCCACUCAGUCAUCUUCGUUGAACAUCACAUUUGGAAUCGACAGCUCGCUCGCCUACAAUAUAUCGAUCGAUGGUGUCUUACAGGUAGAUCACGCCAAUCUUCAAUUACUACCGGGAGCCAAUCACACUGUACAAGUCAACAUUACCGAGCCAAUCUGUCGUAGAAGAUUGCCUGUCGUUACCCACUCUGUUAAUGUUCAGACACCUUUCGAGGCACAACUUGACACUUCCGAUUGUGAGACAGUAGUUCUCAGCUCACCAGCAUCUGGAAACUACAGAAUCAACAUCAAUAACUCCAAGGACGCCACCAACGAUCUCUCAUUCACCUAUGCCUUCAACGAAACCAACUCGAAUCAAUUUAAACUCGACAUUGACUCUGGAGAUUACACUGUACAAUUUAUUAACAUUGAUUCUGGAUGUUCAUCGACACAACAAAGCAUCACAAUCGAUGGUUGCUCAGCUAAAAAGAAGAACCUUGGUUGGAUUGCGGCUGUAAUUAUCGGUGCCAUCUUAGUUGCAAUGUUGGCCGCUUUCGGAAUCUAUAAAUACAAACAAAGAGCGAUAGGAACUAAAGUUAAAGAGAUUGACGAUCCAAUCCAAUUAAAGACAGUUCCAAUCUUUACAGGUGGUAAAGUUGCUAAUAUCGAUAAAUUCUAA